AUGUUUACAUUGUACUAUUCUUUGUGUUUUUACACUGUACUAUUAUUAUUCUUUAUAUGUUUUUAUACUGUACUAUUCUUUAUAUGUUUUUACAUUAUACUAUUAUUCUUUAUAUGUUUUUAUACUGUAAUAUUCUUUAUAUGUUUUUAUACUGUAAUAUUAUUCGUUAUAUGUUUUCACACUGUACUAUUAUUCUUUAUAUGUAUUUAUAUUGUACUAUUCGUUGUAGAUGGGCUGUUGCCGUAUGCCAGGAAAUAUGCCCUGCGAGUAUGCGCUUCUGUUUACAGGAAUGAAUUUAUUGAUUUAUCUUCCCUGCCUGGAUCUAUUCCUUUUCUAGACCCAUUCUCCGAAAUAUCCCACUCCAGGCUCACACCGUCACAAAGACCAAACACUCUAUUGGGCCGACUUACACCUCCCUAUCCCACGGGCUGCGGAUUAUGCGCUUCUGUUGACAGAAUGAAUUUUGCAUUUUUAUUGGAAAUUCUUAAAGUACGUCUCAAUUGCCUCUCUGUCUCUUUUUAUGUACUCGGCUGCUUUUGGGUCUUUCAGAGGGACCAUUUGCGGGAAGUCUAUGACCUUCACCCGCUUAAAGUCGUCUCGCACCAUAAUGUUAAACUCGUUGAAGUCGCCGUGUGCGUACCCUAG